GCAGCCCUACAGGACAUACGUAUUGUGCUGUGUCGCGCUCUCGAUCACUCUUACGAACCGGUCUUGUAAAUGUGAUCACACGUUACUCCGCUAAUAAUAUUGUGCAGUGUUUUAUACAAACUUUUCAAUAGGCUUUCUAUGAACUUGUUCUUAUUACGGACAAAGCUUUUUGAAGUGUGUGCAUUGUGUUUGACUUUCCGGUGAAAGUGUAAGUUUUGAAAAGUUUUUUCUGUGCAAAAUAAAGUGACAUAAACUGUUUUAUCCUGGAGGAGUUUCCUUUCUUGUGCCGCGUUGAGUUGAACCAAUUGGAUUUGUUGUCAAGUUUAUGAGAGAAGUUUACUUAGGCAACUUUAACAGAAUUUAACACACAAAAGUUAAUCUCUACAUUUGGAGAGCUUCGGAACAAACUUGAAAUUGACCUUCAAAACUAAGCAGUUAACAUCACUCCCGGCGGCUUAAACAUGUCAUAAGGCGCUAUAUGGCGAUUGGACGAUGAGCCAUGGAAUCACGCAGCGCGCCGCCGAGCCCCGACGAAUCAGGGGAGGCGGUGUUCGAUUCACGCUGUGGACGAUACCCGCUCCAACCUUCGCUCCAGAGGGCCUUCGCGAGCUGCCGAGAGAGUGGUCGACCUCGCCCCCAUCAUCGCCAUGCGACUUCAGAACCUGCGCGACCAGACGAUCGAGUUCUCACCACAGCAGAGGUUCACGAUUACCCUUCAUCCGAAUCCGGCAUCGCGGCCGACUGCCCACACGCCCACUCGAGCAACGCGGACGAUAGUCCGUGUUACGAUCGAUCAGACUACGAGGGAAAUUCUAGUUAUAGUUUAAGACACAAUUUUCUUCAUACAAUCGAUUGCAACAAGCAUAGGUCAGAUUUUAAUCGCAGUCACACACCAGAAUACAAUCACGACCAUGAUUCCGACUGUGAUCGAGGACACCCACGGUCGCAAACGACUCGUCGACCACAUCGAAAACAUCGGCGAGAAGACGGCGACGGAGCUCAAUCACUCGAUGAGCGUUGCGCUCGCGAUCUUGAUGAAAUAUUACCCGCGAGACUUGCGGCUGUAAAUCUUUCCAGGGACCAACCGCCGCAAUCGUGGAACCGCAGUAAUAUCGCAGCUACCAUGGAGCGGUUCGAACCAGUCGAUUAUUCAUACGCCUACUACGACCAUCAUUUAUCUAUGCCUUCCUCGUCAAGAAAAGCUAAUCGUCAACGAGGACGUGGUGGAAUAACACGAGAUCGAACGAAUCGUCAUAAUUUUGUCACAAGAUAUGGCACAGAAGAAAAUAUUUACGAGGAAAUAACAGACGGUUCUAGAACUUGUCCGAAACAUCGGUACGUUCCGAGGCAAUCUCUCGUGUCCCUAGACAGAAGUGUCGUUGAAGAGGAGGUACGUCGAGUAGAGUCAAGGCAUAAGAGAAUUCUGGGAGAGUUAAAUCUAAGUGUGGAAGCGAUGCUUAUGCCAGAGUGUGAAUCCCCUGAUUCUGAACGAGCGGAAGAUAGAGAUAAUAUAGAAGAACUUCUUAGGGUAGGUCCAACGGAUGAAUUAUUAUCACCGGCUAGUUGUAAUCCCCCAGAUUUGGAUAGUGGUUUUAGCGGAAGUAGUAGUGGGGCAAGCUAUGUAGGUAGUUUGCGAAGGAAACCAACAGGAUCUGUUCCUCAUUUACCUGCAGUAGCAUAUGGAACGCGAGGGGCAGGUGUCCGUAUCUUAGGCGCUGAAGAAUGUAAUUUACGUUGUCCUAAGGAUGCCCAGUCACCGAGGAGUUCGAGUUGUGGUGAUGCCAAGACUAGCGGAUUCUGGAAUAAGAGGGCUUGGAAGAAAAUUUCGGGUUUCUCCAGCUCGAACAGCAUAAACAAGGCAGGAUUAACAGAUGAAGCCUGUAGGCCAAGCAGAACUAAAUCCAGAACGGCAACCAUACCAUACAGCUACUCCAACGGAAAACUGGUGGUGCCGUUGGAUUCCCUAGCGCAGAGCUGAGGGGUGGAACCCCCGCGCAAUUCCCGCCUCCAACUCCUCCGAAGGACUACUCAGUACUAAGCAUCGACAAAAGCCAACUGCAAAGUUGCUUGAAGCAUGCCACUGUUACAUGUUAACCUUACAUUAACCUCGGAUGUAGUUAAGGUCUG